UGGAACUACGCUCACUUUUCAAAAGUGAGUUGUUCGUCAAGGGCGUGCUUAGCCUGACCAAACAUGAGUCAGCCUCCAACUCAAGACAAACUAACACGUAUCGCCAUUGUUAGUAGUGAUAAAUGUAAACCGAAAAAGUGCCGUCAAGAAUGCAAAAAGUCGUGUCCUGUAGUACGCAUGGGUAAACUAUGUAUCGAAGUGACACCUAACGACAAAAUAGCAUUUCUCUCUGAAGAGUUGUGCAUUGGGUGCGGUAUUUGUUCUAAAAAAUGUCCUUUCGAGGCUAUUUCCAUCAUAAAUUUACCCAGUAAUUUGGAGAAAGAAGUUACCCACCGUUAUGGGCCGAAUUCAUUCAAAUUGCAUCGCUUGCCAAUGCCUCGACCUGGUGAGGUUUUGGGUUUGGUUGGGACUAAUGGUAUUGGAAAGUCCAGUGCUCUUAAAAUUCUUGCUGGCAAACUUAAACCCAACCUUGGGCGUUUCAAGAAUCCUCCAGACUGGACUGAAAUUCUCACCUAUUUCCGCGGCUCAGAAUUACAAAAUUACUUCACAAAAAUCUUGGAGGAUAACUUGAAAGCUGUAAUCAAACCACAAUAUGUUGAUCAAAUCCCUAAAAUUGUAUCCGGUCAAGUGAAAACCCUACUGGAUCGUAAAGAUGAUCGUGGUAAUCAAGAUCAUAUUCUAGAUGUACUUGAUCUCACCGUGGUUACUGAACGUAUGGUAGGAGAUUUAUCCGGUGGGGAACUGCAAAGAUUCGCUUGUGCAAUGGUUUGUGUCCAAAAGGCUGAUAUAUACAUGUUUGAUGAGCCCAGCUCAUAUCUGGAUGUGAAACAACGUUUGAAAACUGCUAUUGCUAUCCGUGAGCUAUUAGAGGGUACAAACUAUGUGAUUGUUGUUGAACACGAUCUAUCUGUCUUGGAUUACUUAUCUGACUUUAUAUGCUGUCUUUAUGGUGUCCCAGGUGCCUACGGUGUAGUCACUAUGCCAUUUUCCGUUCGUGAAGGCAUUAAUAUAUUUCUGGAUGGUGUGGUGCCUACAGAAAAUCUACGUUUCAGAGAAACACCGCUAGUCUUCAAAGUAUCUGAAACUGGUAAUGAAGAAGAAUUGAAACGGACUGCUCGUUAUGAUUAUCCAACUAUGUAUAAAAGUUUAGGUACAUUUGAUUUGACCGUGGAAGCUGGUACAUUUACUGACUCUGAAAUUAUUGUUAUGCUUGGAGAGAAUGGUACGGGGAAAACAACCUUUAUACGAAUGUUGGCAGGUAAUCUGAAGCCUGAUGGAGAGGAAAAAUGUCCAGUGUUACAUGUAUCGUAUAAACCGCAAAAAAUUAGUCCAAAAUCAGAAAAAACUGUACAAAAUUUAUUGUUGGAAAAAAUACGAGAUUCAUUCACACAUCCACAGUUUUCAACAGAUGUACUUAAACCAUUACAAAUGGAACGAUUGUAUGAUCAACAGGUAAUGAAUUUAUCCGGUGGUGAAUUACAACGAUUGGCAAUUACUCUUUGUCUUGGACAGCCUGCUGAUGUCUACCUGAUCGAUGAACCUUCAGCUUAUUUAGAUUCUGAACAACGUUUACAUGCUGCUAAAGUGAUAAAACGUUUUAUUCUGCAUGCAAAGAAGACCGCCUUCAUUGUUGAACAUGAUUUUAUUAUGGCCACGUAUUUAGCUGAUCGUGUUGUUGUAUUUGAUGGUCAACCGGGUCUCAAGGCAACAGCAACAACACCACAGAAUCUAGUCACUGGGAUGAAUAAAUUCUUACAAUCACUUGAUAUCACAUUCAGGAGGGAUCCAACCAAUGCUAGACCAAGAAUAAACAAACUGAAUUCAGUGAAAGAUGUUGAUCAGAAAAAGAGCGGGAAUUACUUCUUCCUUGGAGAUUAGAUUUCUCUCUUUAACUGCUUGGUCUUCUCUCUCUUUUUGUGCCAAUUUCUUUUAACCCUCCGCCUUAUUUGCAUGGUUCCCGAUUCUGUUUGUGGUGUAUGUGUACGUGUGUGUUUGUCUGUGUAUUCCAACUGAUAUGUGAAAUGUCUUAUUUUUGUGAUAGUCAGUUUUGAUAUUAUUAUGUUGUAUGUGUGUGUGGGGGCGGGGGGGGGAGGUGUUACAAGUUUUGAUAGACAUUAAUAGAACAACUACUGGAUUGAAAA